UAUUUUUAACUUCUUUUAUGUUUUUAUAAAUUUUGAUUGCGAAUUAUUUAGUAUUAAAAAUAAAGUUAUCCAUAAAUAUUAUAAUAUAAUAGAAUAUACACAGAGUAAUCAUUUCAAAAGAGUUUAAAGGUUACUGUAGUAGCGUUUAUACAUUAGAAUUAAUUAGUAUAACUAAUAAAAAAUAUUAUAUUGUAUCGUUUAAUAAUCCUAAUUACAAUGUCUACUCCUACCGGUGGCGUAAAGCCAAUAAAUAUUGCGGGUAGAGUUGCUUCAGAAAGAGAACGUUUAAUUGGUAUGACAAAUGAGGAACGAGCAUGGAGAGCAAAAUACCUUAAAAGUCAGAUUCUUGCACCUGAAGAACCAUUGAAUACAGCUGAAUAUUACAAGGCAUCUUUUAAUCCUUUACGACGAUUAUAUAAAGCACCCAUGAAUUUAUUAGAAAGAACAAUAUUGAUUCCAGUUAUGGGUACGGUUGGUGGUAGUGUUUGUCGUCGUGUCAUAUCACUAUCUAUACAAGGUAUCAUAGUUAUAUAUUGUGGAUGGUAUCAUUAUAGAUAUAAUAUGUCGACUUGGGAACGCCAUGGUGGUUGGCACAUGACAAGUACAGAACCUGCUCUAAUACCAACGGAUAAGAACUACCCCAACUACAAGAUUAAAAAGCCAAAUGAAUAUGCAACCUUAGGCUUUGAAAACUCUAAACUAUAAAUAUUACGUGAGCUGUAUUGAAAUAGUCUUAAUAAAUAUAAUUUUUGCGUUAUUAAU